ACUGAACAUACAUAGCUUCGCUCCUCUUUCGUUUUGAUCCAUCACGCAAACUGGUUGGUUGUUCUGCUCUAUAAACAUCUGUCAGAGCAACAACUUAUUAUUAAUAAACAUGGGAACAGCGUUUUUACAAAACGAAGUCGGCAAGAUCCUGGGUGAGUGCCUGGCAGAGGUGUGCGAAACUCGACCGGGGGACCCUAUAGAGUUCAUCGCCCAUUGGCUGUACCGGCACAAGGACAGCGUGAUGUACUUCCAGCAGAAGUCUGACGUCAUGCGCGAGCUAGCGGAAAUGGCCGCCCGUGUGGAGGAGGAGCGCAGGAUGAGAAGGGAGCGAUGUGAUCAGCUCCGCAAACAAGUCCAUGAUGCGGCGAGAAAGCUGCGUAGUGAGUGCCUUCCUUCAUCGAUGCUGUUUGGCCCCGAUCUCUUUCAACAAUACGGCUCAAGACUAGCACCGCACCUCCAACAACAGUUCUUCAACAGGAAGGGGAAGGCAAUACCAGCAGCCAUGAGGAGAUACAUGUAUAUGGACGGCGGCCCUGCUGGUAUGAUGGGGUAUAAAGACGGUGCUGUUCCAAUGAAGUAUAUGAACAGCCGUGCUGGCAUGAAGCAGAAAUAUUAUGGCCAUGCACGAGCACCUUAUGCAGAUGGCACUAUGUCUGAUAGUGAUAUGCCCUAUUGUCUGACGGGAGACAACCCGUCUUCGUACUCACCAGGAAUGUUCGGACGUCUCUCUCGCCGGGAAAAACGCUUACUGAAGGCGGCACAGCUGCAGAGAGAAUACAUGGCCGAAUGGGAGGUGACGGAAGAGUCGUGUCAACUUGUCUGUCAACAUCCUCUACUGGGUCCACUCACUCGCCGGAUUUGUAACGCUGAUGAGAUGUCAGAGAACCCAGACGUGUGGCACAGCAAAGACUUCAAGUGCCCGACAUUUUAUGACCAUGAGAUUUACACCAGAUGCAACACAGACUCGGACAGUCUUCUGUGGAUAUUGUGACAUCUACAUCAGACUUAUAUAUUUAUAAUUCAAGUUAUUUUCUAGUUUUAUUCCAUCUACCAUCACUACUACUGAAAACCAAUCAUACUUAUAUUCUAUUACCAUGGUUUUUGAGACAAACAUCCAUCUCCCUGCCUGAACAAACGUGUUUACAGCCACUGAAAACCAUCACAUCAUUGACUUUGUAAUCGAUCCAGAUGACAUCAUUGAGUACAUAAGUAACAACUUCAGCUCACUCAUGACAUUACUUGAGCAAAAGUUGUGUCGACAAGACAAACAGGACUUGAAAAAUUACCUCGUUCAUCAGGGAAAACAUCAAGAUAUGCUCCUGAAUGCCAGAAGAUUAUCAUCAUUUUUGACAUUCCAAGGAACGCAAUAAAUACACUAUUCAUGUUUCCAUA